AUGGGAACUCUCUAUAACUUUGAGGAUUCCGGUGCCGCCUGGACGUUCGCAGAUACUCUUUUUCACAGCGAAUCGUCGGUGCCUGGAACGGGCUUCCCGAGUACGUGAUAAUGACGGAUUCCAUGGAGACAUUUAAGCAAAGACCAGAUAUAUUUGCUUGAAAAGUGCCGCUUAUCUAGACAGAACAGUUCUGUUGUACCAAACCAAAGACUUGCAUACACCUACUGCUAAUGCGGGUGAUUGUCAUUUCAUUUUACCGUUAUCACAUAGAACUGAGUGUUCCCGAGUCUAGGUCCUGCAUUUUCAAAGACAAUAUUCUGCAAAAUGUAUAUAUUACUGACAACAUUUGAGUACCAUAUUUAUUUAAGGUCAUGUACCGUUUUCAGCAGGGUUUUUGAAGGCAUUGCCUAUUAACUUUAAAAUAUACUGACCUAGUGAACUAAUCCGCAAUCAUAUACGGUGAUUAUUGUUUUGUCAGGCUCCUUGACAGUGAUACUUGCUGUACGUGACUUGAAAUUGUUGUCGCGUCUACAGCGGUUUUGGUGUGUAACUGACUACUUUAAGUCAAUUUGCUAAGUGAAUAAGGCUUUCCCUUGAGCUCCCUAUUCAUGUCGAUAAUCAAUUGUUAUAUCAGCAAAUCUGGAAAUUCAAAAGUUAAGAAAAAUGAUGUGCGAGUGGUGAAAAAACUGCAGUUCAGAAUUUAAAAAUGACUGGAUCAAUGUUAAAGGAGAAAAAAACCGUCGCUCACAUUAACUCAAAAAUGCGGGCAGGACUGGUCUGCAUGUGGCGGUAUAUAACGGAUUAUAAUCGGACAUCAUCAAGGCUGAAACAAAUGUCAGCUUUGAGGGGUGAGUAUGUUGGUUAGACAGAGUUGAUCUGCAUGUGGUAUUGUAUACGAGACUCAGAACGGACAUCAUCAGGGCAGAAUUGCUACGCCGGAUGAGACUAUUCGCGGAAAAGUUGCCAGACGAGAGAUCCAUUCAUUGAGAGGAAUGGGCGUAAGCCAUUGUGUACCUAAUUUGUAACGUAAAAGUUUGGGCGGUGUACUGAGUAAUCAUGUGGGCUGAAAUAAUUAAAAUGGGCCAGUAGCUGUAUGACAGCUUAGGGCGUGAGUCUCAAUGGUGCAGUUCGAUCUCUCAUCGCUCUUGUCGAUUUCGGAGCAUUAAUAUAAUUCAGUAUAUAUGAGGGAUAUACCCUUGGAAAACCCUAUUUACAGAUAGACGUAGGAAAAAACAUGCAGAUACAAUAACAAUAACAUAACAAUUAUUCCAGUCACUCAUAUCGUGUAAAUGUUUGACCAUCAAACAUAAAUGUAUCUACUCAUCUAUUGAAGGUCUCAACUUUCAGGUUCUUUUGGAGGUUUUCAUAGAAAGUGAAAUCACUAGAUCUGUGCUUAAUGUAUUCCAUGGUUUUCCAACUCUGACAUAGAAGGAAGACUUUCGCACAUGCAGUCUUGCUUGAAGAAUGCACAUCUUUUAUGUGGACCUCGGAGGUUGGUCGUUGAAGCAAAGUGAAAAAGUCUUCAAAAACGAAACUGCCGUCCAACCCUUCGCAAUACGGAAUGCUCGUUAGAUAUCCCCGCGCAGUUGCCUAUAAUUCAAAGAAAGGAGGUCUAUAUUUAUUAGGUGGGCUGUAUAACGAAAGGAGAUCUGACCACUGACAAUUUUCUAUGCGUUUUAUCUGCAGUCCAUCGUCAACGACAGGACACUGAGUCACGCUUAAUACACUUAUUUGAUCAACAAACAUUGCUGCCGCCCAUUCCAUAUCUUUUGCACAGUCGUCCACGUAUAUUAGGGACAGAAGGGAUCCCAGUAUAGAAUCUCGACCACCGCAGAGUCCGAUACCACUUGAUUGAUACACCAGAGGCUGAAGAGUAAUUAUGAAGAAAUUUCGGCAAAGAGUAAAAAAACUUUGACGAAAAUUAGGCAGCUAGAUUAUCUAUCGUGUACAAAGUAAUCGAUUAAUUAGAAUAAUUGUUAACGGUGUUUCACUAGGCUUAAAUUCGAACGGGUAUUGCAAAACAGAAAAGAGGCCCAGCUGUCAUUUGUGAGUGCUUACUGCGCCCAACUAAGUAUAGCCUUUCCUUCGUAUUACAUUUUAACUGCUACAUCCUCGUGUUAUUCGCAGUAGCCCGACUUCGUAUUUUUGUGAAUUUAGUCUUGUCAGGGUUAAUUACCUGCAAAGAUGCUUAAUAUUUAGAUAUAAUAACUGUAAGAUAACUGCACCAGAUGUUAGUUCACGAAAUAACUUACGGGAAAUAAUUAUAAACCGUUGAACAGAGACUUCCACUGGAGGUAGUCUGGUCAUGAAUCAUUGACAUUUUGGUGGUCAAACGUAAAUGGUGUGCGAGGUCGUCCAUUGUUAUAACAACGACAAACAUGUCAAAACUAUCCUAGUCGUCUUUCUCGAAUAGCCUAGGAUAUCUUCGUGAAGUCAUAGUAAUUUCGAGCUGCCAUACGGAACCGAUUCAGUUCGCAUCACUCGAAAGAUUGUUCCCAGACAGCAAUCACCAAAGACCUCUCAUUUUGCUCACCUCCCACACGCACAACCCAGCAUUUGCAACCAUACAGGAAGACUGGCUAGGUGGUUGUUCCCUGAACGAGGAUCAUUUUGGCAAUGGGUAUACCACCUAGGGCCCGUGGACGCUUUCUAAGGGUUUUAAAAGCCCGGUAACCGCCGUCCAUUAGGGAGGCAUUGUCGUCUUUUCUCUGCCCAUUGGGCAGCAGCCUCGCCUUGAGGUAUUUGAAACAGUUUUUUUCAUAAAGUGACGGCUACCAAUUCCGGGAGAUUCCUCAUCUUGGCCAGAGAUGCGUCUCGAAAAUACUUUGGUCUCACAAGGUUUAAUGGAUAAGCCGAUUGAUUUAUCUUUCCAACUUAUAUUUCAACAAGGCGCUAUCGCCUGUCUAGUGGAGAUUGGUUAGUUGGCGGUCUAUGGCAAACUCAACACCGUCAAAACUGCGUAUGGCCAUUCUAAAAAUCAAGCUAAUGGUGUAGUAAAGCAUGGUUAGCGACAGGAUACAAGCGUUUGAACACCGCAUCGAAUAUCGAGCACUUGGGAGGGAUUGUUGUGGACGAGAAACCGCGAAAAAGUGGAGCAGUAGUAGCCUCUGGUCGUAAGGCUGAUUUUUGCGGACAUGGCGCCUGAUGCCUUUAUCCGCCACAAGAGUUAACGAUGGGUAGAAACGAACGCCGCAGCAAAGUCACCAAGGUCGGCCAUGGGUUGCUGGUAGUCGUGGCAGAAUUCAAGACGGCGCCGCAGUGUGAAUAUCUGGUCGGCAAUUCAACGCCUAACUCGGAACCCAGUUCCGUUGGAUCUUGUUUUAUUGUCACGAACACUGAAAUCUCCCGAGAAUGAUCCACAAAGUUCCAUGAAGCGACUUCGAUGAGGCCUAUGUUGCGAUGCUUUUGGUACUUUUUUAUUUCCCUUAUCGAUAAGAAGCGUAAGGGCAUCCAAGCCGCGAUAAUUCAGAAAGGAGCUCAUCUCCUUGCACUUGCCUAGUCGCCGCAUAGAGCCAUGGUACCGUAGUAUCGACGGAAAACCUGUAGAUUUCAGUGGGAAAACCAUCUUCCUUGGACGCCCUGUACCCUCAAUAUGCAUAGACAAUUUCUCCCUAAAGAAGACCGCAUGACUGCAGAGGCUGGUAAUGGGUACAACUCUGCUGCAUAAGAGAACAAGGGGUGACGCUUCGGUAGUCGAAGUUGAGAACGUGCUUAGUUUGCUCAAACUUGCACUAAAUGUUUUCUAAAUCAAUAGAGAUAAAGCUGCCAUUCAUAUUACGAACAGUCACUCGCUGCGGAAGGCCUGCCACCAACUUGGUGGAUAAGCUGGCAGAGUUUUCGUGCGUUGCCCACGUUCAAGACCUGCUCCAUUGAGGUCGUCAUUUCAGCCCAAUACUGUCAUCUCUAGCCGACAUUUCCGUCAUUUUCCGAAAUCCACUAAGGAGAUCACCGUUGUGUGGCCCUGUUAGAGCCGUCUGGGCAGACAAAUGCUUGCUUAUUCCGCCGAGCUAAGAAUUUUGCCAUUCGCCGCAUAGACCGAUCACUUCACUUUCUACUACGUUCUCCUUCGACUCGUGUCGUAAAACGAAACCAGAUUUCUGUGCUCAGGACCUCGAAUAUGUUGGUUUGCCUAGUUUUUUGUCAUCAAGGCGUCGUGCACUUGACGUUAUGGGUGCGGAUAAAAAAGAGCUUUCGGGUUUGUGCGGACAAGAAUAUAGUUAUACUCAUUGGUGUUUGCCUGUUUCUGCAUCCAUACACCAUCAUGAACUAAGGUGCUGGACCCUUAAGGAACCGGGAUGUAGUUAAUAUGACUGCCUUUGCGACCCUCCUUUGAAUGCUAAACCGGCCGAUGUUGGCGGCGGUGCUGUAAGCAUGUGUUGUUGAGAAGCAGUCUGUUAUGGUAACGAAAUUCGAAAUUUUCAAACCAUUGUUGUAUUGAGAUCUAAAGCCAAAGUGAUCAAUAAGAUGACGGUUUGAAGUCAUCGGGUCCGGCCUGGCUUUUCUAAUCCCCCAGCAUCGAUCAUUAGAUCACGACGAGAAAGCCUUUCAGAUAACUAUUGCAGCUGAGGGUAGGUUUCUUUAUCACACUGGUUGACAGCUGAGGUUGAUGAGUGCACGGAGCCGACAGUGAUGUUCGUAGAGUGGACCUGUAGUCGCGCGCAAGUCAGCCAGUCAUUGACUGGCUCCCAUGAAAGCAUUACAUGGUUCACUUGUUGCGAGAGACCAAUCGUCACACUGUGUACCGGCGUCUGUGGGCCACUGUGGUAUAGGAUGAUGUUGGAAUUUAUCCCCGGGAUCUUUAUUUACCAAGCACCCGUGUCAAGGGUUCGGAUCUCAGCUAAGGACUGCACGCCGGCAGUCUUUUUUUAUUUGUGCCCAAUAAAGUUUGCAUAUUACAUCAUCAAAUACCAAAAGACUAUUCCCGAUUGAGCAAUCCAGCUGCCACGCUUCGUUUGCACUAGAUCGGAGUUGUGGAGUGCGUCGGUUGCCGCAGACGCCCUAGAAUAGAUCGCAAUACUUGAAUUGGACAUCUUCAUGAGGUUUCUUACGAAUCCUGUGAAUAAGCAAGUCCUUAACGGCCGCUUAAAUCCUUUGUGCGCUGUCGUUCCCUUUAGUGCUUUGGCUCAAGAAUCUAACAAGGCAGUGGUGACAAGGAGACUUAUCUAACUGCAGUUCACGCUCUUCAUAUCACAGUACCUUUACCGGACUUUGUGGUAUUUAAUAAGACAGUUAACGUGCUCGACUACAACCCUGCCCUCUGUGGUAACACUGCCGUUUCUGAUCUGCGACUGCAUAUUCUCCAAACCAGAGAAUCUGCUUAUUUCGCAGCCAAACUUCGCUAGAACCGUUCCACUGUCCGUCACCUGUGGACGCGUUGGGGAGCCAGCAGCCGGACAAACGAACAUCAAACCCUCACUUGUAUGCAUAUCAUCUUUAAAUCUCAGAUUUUUCCUCAGCAUGGUUUCCCGCCACCCGUUAUGGGCCAUCAUCUCCGUAGUAGGCAACGAAGACGUUUUGGGAGAACUAUGUCGCCUUAGUUGUGGCGCAUGACUUUCACCUUCCUCCCAUCAAUUGCCCUGAGGCCUUGAUACGACCAAAGCCUUGCUACUUCCCGUCAGCAAUGGGCUCCAAAACAUUAAUAAAGAACUGAGAAAUUUUCAGGCACAACGGCAUCUGCAAGACUGCAGAUUGCGGGAUGCUCUGUUGGAACGCUACGCACCCGACAGUUCGUUUGGAGUAGUCGACGGACUCUGGUUAUUGGGUCUCAGAUAAAACACUGUGCUAUUACUAUUACUGAUUGCACUUAACAGGCUGAAAUGCGUGUCCAAAUGGUAGAUCGGCGGACCCGUGAUAACCUCCAUUUUAUUUUUAUCGCCAUCGGCCUGCCUUUAGGAACUUUGGACCAGAGUUCCAAUGCAAAGUGACAUCGUCUCUUUUCCUUUCAACAACCAGAGUAGAUCAGCGAGCGUCACUUCAGCGAUCUUGUCGGACAGUUCUAUCACCUUCGCUUGAGCACCUUAUGAUCUCAAAAUUAACGAAUCGUUCGGGCUGUAGUAAACGCUGCCCCAAUUUAAUGUCAAUUUGCGGUAUUACUAGGUCUUUUUAGUGUUUAGCAUGAAAGCAGCUUCAGAACGACACACUCAGACAAGCAUGAAUAAUCAGAAAGAACAAUUUUCCCAUUCCUUACAGACUUACUGCCCACCAGCGUACUUCGACCGCCACAAGGAUGUUAUUUUCGCACCAAGGCCGCCCUCCUAAUACAAUUACUCAGGUCCUUAUGAAGUCGCAAUUUAGCGAUCGUCUUUCUGUCCCCUGGGUCUGCGAACUCCGGUGUUUGUCUGGCCGUGACUCAAUCGUUUCGUUUUGUACGGCAGUGGCCAAGAUAUUGGAACAACUACCGGCACGUUUUCAGGAUUUGCCGUCAUCGUUUGCCUUUAGGUCGCUGGUGAGGUCUAUUCCUUUGGGCCCGAAUCACGAAUUGCUGAGCUGAUAACAACCGCGAUAAUAUCUGAACAAAAUAAUUCUCUGGUCAAAGAAUCCCCUCUUCAUGUAAGCAAGGGUGUUUUCCUUUAUUUUUUUGAAGCGGUUCGUUCUUUAGCAACUGUCUCUCUGUCUACAGAAUUUUAAGCUCACUCUGUAAUAUUUUCAAUUUCCUCUAUUCCUCUUUCGGAUAGUUAUCAAGGUCCCCCAGAUUCCGUCUCAUGCUUUUGCGUAUAAGGGCCAUUAUCGAUAUUUAAUUAGCCUUCUCGAAUUUAAAGACAUCGCAGGUCCAUGUUACUGAUUCAGUGUCGUCCGUGACUGGACCCUCAACGCUCAUUGACAGUCGAAGUCCUAGAUGGUAGGAAGAAACACUGUCGGACCGAGUUUCCACCUCGGGUUUGUCUUUGCCACAACCGUCCAUUUUUUCAGUUGGUCACCAAAUUGGCAACGUCUAUUCGGACAGGACUUCAUAGAAGUUGCAUCACGGACACAUGCCGCUGUUUGUUUCCCACGGAUUCUGACCCAUUAAUAUUGUGUAGAAGUCCCAAGUGACAUGAAAUAGACAAGGUCCCUAUUGUCGACAGGGCCUUACUUCGUGGCAAGCAAUAUGCGUAAUGCGUUUGUGUGCUGUGGCCUUUUAAAAGUAUGCUUUACCAUCCAGCCGAAUGUUCGUUAGUAAUUGUGUGGGCCGUUUGGAUUUUCUGCAUUGACAGCGUCAAUCAUCAAAACUGAAUGUCUGAUUGAUAGUCGUACUAACUAACAUAGCUUAAUCAAAACUGGCUUUUAUAGUGCGUUGGAAACCACCAGAAUAGGACGUGUGCUCCAUUUGUCUCACCUUCUAAACCUAUUCAAUCCCUGAGUUUAUAUGGCACGCAGGGUGAUGGCUCAAAUGGGAUCUCGAAGCGUGACCGAGCGCCAUGUUGUUACGUGUUUUUGGCGGGCAGUUGAAAAUAAUUCUAAUCGCUUGUUGCGGUCAAGGAUGCAAGUUCAACUGUAACCGCACACAAUAAGUUCGUUUCGUCUAAUGUCAGAUGUCAGGGAGCUGUGAGGACAGGUUUAUUCUGUACGCAGGGCAGGUUGCCGCGACAGAGCUAAGCGUCCGUUCCCGGAAGGCGUCAGUUUCUGCGUUGGGCUUACGCGGGAGUGUUUGUUUACGAGAUGUCCAUGCCCGUGUUAGCAGGAGUGACUGGCUGAGUGUUGGUCAUGUGAUUGUACGGAUUAGGGGAGGAAUAGGGGUGGGGGAAGGUUCAUAAUCACAAGGGUUCACAGGUAUCAAGCCAAGCCGCCCGACGCGCAUGGGGUGAAGAAAGUUUGUAAGGACAGCCGGGAGUCACUGCAACUGGGCAGGAGGUGCCUCAGUUCUAGCCAUUGAGGGUGGCCGUGUGUCAACGGCCUGCCAUCGCGGCCAUCAACCGACAAAACGGAGCCGGAGGAGGUAGCACUGGAGCGGCUGCUACACCCUUAUCAGGACCCCGAUCCAAAGCGGCUUGUUUUUAGGUCAACCAAAACACAACUAUUAUGCUAGGACCUAGUAGAGCAAUGCAGUUAGUGUAGGACGUGAUUCUGUGGCGCUGCCUGUUUUCAGGAAGUUCCCGACUAUGCCUGUUCCUUGAUUUUUCAUGCACAGGGAACGGCUUGGUCUCAGACACUUAUCCAUCUUAUCACCGGCGGAGAGAACAAAAUAAUAGCCCCGUCAUCGUAAUCUCCGCUGGUCAGUCUUGCCUUUACAGUGCUAAUUUCCAUUCGCAUAUAGUUCGACCUUCGAAAGCGUUGAGGUCUACUGCUUUCCCGCAAGGCGGGCGCAACCGUGACAUCUAUUUGACUCCAUUUAUGAAACAGGCUUGCACUGCAUCUACCCCGCCCUGUCUUCCCGCAACCGCCAAUCACCGGUGGCGGAACAAAGUCAGGACGACCGGAGGCGGGCCGAGAAAACUAAAAAGCCCAUCGGCACGUGCUGCAUAUGACCUGGCCCAUCUGCGUGUAUCGGGCUUCAUUCGGACAGGAGUCUCGUGUCUCAUGUAGAUAAGAGUGGUACAUGUUAUUGUCUCUCGCAAUUGUAGUGCAGUCCGUUUGCAGGCAGGAAGUUCUCACUCAUCAGACCGCUACACACCGAGAUGUGACCAAUCAUUCACAGUGAGGAAUCGUUAUGGGAUCUUAUUUAUUUCGACCGUUACGUCUUCUAGAAAUUCUAUCCAAAGAGAAGGUAAACCGUAAGUACCCAUGUCUUGGGAUGAUGAUUGCUCGUCUCAUUAGUGGCAGUUUAGUCGUCUUUGUUCAUCUUAAGUCGAAAUUAGCUCUCUCCCAACUUCCGAGGUAGAUUUCCAAGUCCAUAACCCUGCCAGUGAAGCAAAUAUUGACAACGUAAACGCUAGUUGUCUUUAUACUGAGUGUGUACGAAAAUCCGACAUUAACGCUCCACUGUUUUGGUUUUUCAACACCUGAAAUGUAAAGGUUUGUCGGAAAAACGUGUUUGACAUUCGGGCUUCAAGUUUUAUUGGGUUUAUCAUGGUGCCUUAGUGCGAGACCAUUUAAGGUCUUACUUAAUCGAUUUUUCAACCCUUUUUUUUUCGGGUAAAUUAUCAUGCGUUGAGUGGGUCUGACCAUUCAGAUCGUGUCUUCUCGAAUACGUUUUCGUGCCAUUUUUCCUUCACAUGUCGUGUAAGCAUUUCUUAACUUUUCUCCCAGCAUUCAGUAUACCAUUUGUAGUAAGAAUUGAAAGGUAUUCGAGAGCAUUUCUACAAAGUUUGCAUAUUUUAUGUAGACUUCACAGUCUCGCCAGGAUGCCACAGACAAGCGCCGAGCCACUGUCAUCUGCAUUGACAAUCUUUGGCAAUGGGAUCCGUCUGCCGCUGUUUUGCCGUUCCUGCGACCCUCCAGCAUCGUAGAUCAGAUCCUUUGCAGUUUGCCUGACGUGAGCAUAGAUUGGAGUCCUUUGAGGUGCGUCAUUGCACCUUGACACCCGAUAUACUCUAUGCAAACACCAUCGCCACUGGAUAGCCGUCCAGGUGUAAUCUAACCAUCUUGUCUAACAUUAGUAUUGGCCUAAUCCUUUGGUUCCCCUUGUCUACCAGCUGUGUUCCCAUUGGUGUGAACAACGAUCUAGCCCCCUUUCGAAUGCCUCUCUCGGUUUUUCGUGAUCAAACUGACCACCGUCUACUGGAGGACUUGUUCUGCUGCACCAAACAGGCCGUAAGCGCUAGCAGUUUUUGUUGUUUGUACUGCUGUUGCAGAAAGAAGCUAGAUCGUUAUGCAUUUACGUCCUUAGACGCCUUGAGCAUCACGAAAACCGCUUGACCACCAUAAUCCUCACUAAACACCUUGUUUUAUCUUUUGCCAGGAAGAAAUAAAGUUGCUGCAAAAGUCUCUCUUGGAUGCCGUCUUCGCCUUAGAUGUUGCAACUCCUGAUUUGGACCCGCUAAUCAAACGUCCGAAUGCAGUAAUCGAGCAGUUCCAAUCGUUGGCUGCAGCUGUAUUCACGUGCGUCCCGUUUUUCACGCACUAACUCCGUUUCACAGGAAAUUUUGUCUUUGUAGUCUUACCCUUAUGUUUUAUCAUUGAGUAGAGGUGCCAGGUAAAGUGCACAUACAUUUUGACCAUAUACAUGUUUUGGCACAGAUGCUGACAUCGAUUGUUCCAGUCGUCUACCUUUUCUUCCAUCAGAUUCCCAUCAAUCACUAAAUUUCUUUAACUUUCAAGGCAGUGGAAACGGUACUUUUCAUGCAUACGGUAUCGUCGAUUAUUCAGUCGCGUUACUGACUUCAAAUAAUUUAUGGCAAUCGCCAAUGGUUAUAUGCUCUUGCCUGGGUGCGUGUGGAAUGCCCAGAGGUGUAGUCCUUUCAGUUGGUUGGCAGUCGUACUGAAUGCCCCAUUGCAUGUGGUGAUCAUUCUAAUCUGACCACACUCAGUUCUUUGAUGUAGACAAUGAAUCCACGAAGCUGUGUUGAGCGUAGCAGCCACACCUCAGUAAAAGAUUCGAUCGACAGCUUAUCCAUUUGAUGAUCAGUUGAAGUGUCCACCUACCUGGUAUAGUUCAGUUUAGUCAUUAGACAGAUGCCGGUUGUUAUGUUGCACGAAUAGAUGAGGACUUGUCUCAAGGUUAACCACAGCGCCCUACCUCACUGCCAGUCGUCUGGACCUGGUAUCACCACAGUAUCACGGCAAAAUUGGGAAGAGUGAGUUAAAUGUUGCUCGUCCAUCCGGUUCUAUCUAGUUCACACAGAAGGCGCCUCAUCGUCUUCGACAGAUGAACCGUCAUACUUCGUCUUAAUUAGCCAACAUUGGUAACCAAUGGGACGAUUAGUGAAUGCUGCUUUCUGCACUACAGAUCUUUUCUCAAUCAGACUAGUCCGCCUGGUUGGAGAUAUGUUUUUCAAACGUGCUUCCCUGCAUUCACGGAAAAUUCUCCGGGGCUUCAUAUUGUGCAUAUUAGAAUGCUAUCAUAAUAACAAUAAUAUAUUAUUAUAAGUGGGGAAGACCACCAUUGUCCGAGUGGGGGCGCGCUGGUGACUUGCGCUGGGGUCAUUUCGGUCUGACCGUCAGUCCAGGGUAGGACCAACAAAUCUGGUCAAUUGACAACCAAGCCAGCACUAUUGACACGUUUAGUUGUUUGUAGAACAUAGACUAGGUGCCUGAUCCGAGCUGGAUCGACCUCCAACACUUCCUUCGUCAUUAGCCUCUCCGCGUCAAGCCAGCUGAAGGAUGCGCGAAGCUUCUGUCCCAUGCCACGUCCAAACACUCGCACAUACUACUAGUUGACAACCUUCGGCACACGAUUGUUGUGUGAGUGGUGAAUGAUGUUCUGCUUGUUGUCUUCGUGUAUGCGAAUAUGACCUAAUGGACCCAUGCGAUUCUGGGAUGUGCGGGGACAGCUUGGAUAGGCAAGGCGGCGUUUGGCGGGGACACGUGGCCCUGGUUCUCCAGUCGUGUUGCAGUGAGUUUGCAGAUGUCCGACCAGGCCAGUGGUGUUAUUUGCAGGCAAGCAUUAUGCAUGGAGGCACUUGCGUGGGACAUUUGCAGCUUCAUCAGUGAUUUAGUAAUAGGUGGUACAGCGAUAUAAUUUAUAGGAGGAAGCAUCAUGCGGGAAACGGGGCUUCGCAGUUGCUACAUCGUACACUUGUCACGUCGGCUCUACAGAAAUCGCACUAGUAGGCACGUCAGCGUAGUCUGCUCGUCGUCGAAAGAGCUCGUUUGCUUAAGUGAUCACUUUUGACGGUAAUAGAAAGUACUGCAGGUUAUCCUGUCACCCUUGCAGUGACUUUGAAGGUGGCUGGCCAGGAUGAACCGGCGUAAGCGCAUGAGAUCAUAAUGCGGCGAAGUAAUUGAACCAUUUUCAACGAUGGUGGGAGUUUGUGGCGUUGGGUGAAUGUGUUAGCAGUUCAAUGGAGGCAACAGUAUCUAAGAAGGCUACUUCGACACAGAAAGUCGGAUCGGUUGUUUGUAGCGCUGGUCUGAGGUAUUCCUGCAUUUCGUGAUUGCCGCCUUAAUUUCGCUCCCUGUACUUGGCCGACUUCGAAUAUGGGUGCCCCCGUGUUUAUGACAAAUUUUCAUGCCUGUUGUUCCCGCAAAUAGAGUUCCCCAAGGCUUCUGGUCAGUUUUGAAGCAUUGGGUGCCGUAGUAUGCUGGCAUCCCUGUAUCGUCGUUCGUGUCCAUCUCGCCUAAGAAUAAUCCUAAGGACGUCAUCGUAGAAAGUUGCUUAGGCAGGUGUACAGCAGUCAUCUUCAAGACGUCACCGCUAUCUGUUGAAAGGUAGAAUAGAUGCUGAGCACUUCCAUUAUUUCAAAGACCUGAGUGUCAGGGAUCUGUUCUCGCCACAUAAUGUUAAAAAGGGUUCAGAGGCAGCUAAGGUAAAAUUGACUUGAUUUUCUUGUCAAUCUUUGUGCACAUUCCACAUUCCCCUUUCCCUUGAGGAAGAUGGGAUAACGGCUAAUUACAGCCUCGUUUUCGUGCCAAGGAGGAUACCACGACAGUUUCAAACAGAAUAUUGUAAUUUCUCAAAAAUCAGCCGGAAUAUAUGGAUUCAAGCUGCAUGUUUUCGUUACUUUUCAUAUCUCUCUGAGACGGCACCUGCCAUACGCGAAUUGAUCCGUGGUUGCGGGGCUAACGUGGUUGACAGCUACAAUGGGCGAUGUAUAUACCCGAAUUGGUGUUGAUUCAUUAAUGACUACCGUUGUCUCCAUGUUGGUGCUCAUCACGUAUUUCUUCCGUCCACAGGCAGAGGUCCGGACUCCGCUUCACGUCUAUCCCAGCUAUGUGUUUAGUGCUCAGUCGCGAGUAAAAGCACGUGAGGUCUAACUUUAAACACUUCAUUUUCGGACUGCAAAAGCCAAAUGUUAAAUAGUUUCCCGUCACCUUGGUAAUUGAUGUCGAUACGGGGCCGCUCAUCACUACAUUAGGGAGCUUGAGGCUGAAGAGUGCGAAAGCUGUGCGUGACGCCCGUCGUCGGUCUGUCUUUUAGUUGUCUACCCGUUUAAGUGAGCCCUUCUGCACGUCCAAAUGUUCCAGAGUACAUCUUGAUUCACGCUGUGGAGGGCCUUGAUGAGAUGGGCAAAAGUGGUGCAGAGGCUGAUAAUCAUUUCGUAUCACUUUUUCUGCAUUUGCUACAGAGCGAAGAUUAUUUCGGUUGUUCCGCUUCGUCCCUUGGCUCCGCACUGUCUGAGAAAGGGCCCACUGACUCGGACAAAAACUGCGACAAUUGGCAGGCACGCAGGCAUCGAUUUUGCCGGUAGCGUCGGUAAGGGAGAUGCUGCGGUGGUUAUUGCCCCACCUGCUGGUUGCAUUUUCAUUUGUAGAGGUGUAAGCUGAUGGCGUCCCUGUUGGAUGUAUUUAAACGUUGCCAUAAGGCAUUGUACGUCACUGGGCGGAGUAAAUGCGUCGUCGACUAUCGCAACAAACAUCGCUCUCGUUGAUCGGAUGUUCGUUUGGUGUACAACUGUCGUUCAAAGAUCAACCGACAUUCAUGUUUAUCACUAAAAAAAAGCAAGUGGGUUGUGCUCUUUAUUGUCUUAUCGCUUACCAGCGCACAUGUUGGUUGAUAAGUUUUAACUCAUCCACAUUAUCUGUUUUCAGACCUGCAUGCAGAUUGCAGAAAUGGAAUUAUUUCUCGGUUAUCGAAUUAGCGUUGGCCGCCGCAGAAGUUCUCCAAUCAGCGCGCAACGCUGAUGCCACACGCGAACUUGCCGGCUCCCUUGCUGAUCCAGGCAAGGGAGCGGUGAGUGUUGAUCAUCUUCUCCGAAAGUAUGAAAAUGCGUUAGCAUUGGCACACCUUGAUGACGCCGCUGUAGACCUGACGGGCGAUAGCCUGAAACGGUGUCGGCCUAUCCUUCUGAAUGCCAUUCAGGAUGCCCAGUAAGUAGACAAUGGUAUGCCAUCUUACUCGACUAUGUAAAUGCUUGUCCUACGACAGCCUUGUACCAUUGUUAAAUUUCUGACGUCUCACGUUCUGUUGAGGAACCCUGCUAAGUAUUACAAUGUCACGCUGUUCACGCGUUUGCUCGUUUUGACAUUUUUCGGUUGGUCUGUUGUAAUAGUACUACCGGGAAAGCCUCCUGGUCGUGGCCUAGUGCAUGAAGCAAGAAUUUAACUCACUGGGGUUUCCCUCAGCGUCAUCGGCCUCUAAGUUGGAUGCACUACUUACGCCAAAUCAUUGCGAAGUAGUUUAUCUCUCGAUUAUCCAACGCCGUAAGUCAUGUUUUCCUAUAAAGGUUAGAACAAACGUCGUAAUCCUGGCCAUGGCAGUCCUAGUGAGAACUGUUUUCACGCCGUUUUAUACUACAUGGGAAUAAUGCUCACGGAUUCGUCGUAAGUGGUUUGUUUUGCUUCUUAACCUUGACUCACAGUCGGUCUCAUGCUGAUAAACCACCAACACUUGAGAGCAAUGUGCGUUCGAGCCUUUGCCCUCGUCGGUAGACCUCCGACGCCAACCUUUUCCGUUGUAUUAAUAGUACAGGUACUCCUUUGUCCCCUCUCUGGUUUGUGUGAAUCCACUUGGGUGAAAUGAUGUUUCUUGGCCACUAAGUAUACUCCAGUUUAUCGCCUUUUAUCUUCCUUUCCUGUUUGCCUCCUAAGCCGUGAUUUCUUCUCAAGUCGCCUUUUUCUUUUGAACAAAACUUAGUCAGCUUGCCCACAUUGAUGACGCCUUCUUUCUGAUUUUCCGCCUAAUUGGCCUCCUUCCUUGCAUCGGCUGUGACCCCCGAGCCAAACACAACUCGACCCUUAUCGAGGCAAUAGAUGUAAGCAUGCUUUUCCAUCCUGUGCGUUAUUAUCUUUUUCACCCUCAACGUUUGCAAGGUGUUUGGGAUUGGACCUCACCAUUCAACCUGUCAUUUAGACCUAUUAAUUUGGAUUUUGUUAUCAUCGUUAUAUUCUCGAAAGCACCCAGUUCACGGAAAUGUUGCCCACACAGUAUUUCUUUACAAAUCGAACCGAGAGUCUUGAAUUCCUUGCAUUUAUUUAGGUUUUCUGUCAGGGUUCUAGUUGAUAAGUUGACUGUUACACGUUUUCGGAUAAUCAUCUGGUUUUCACAUUCCUCAUCUUCAGCGGGAACGGAGGGAGGAGGGGGGUGGUUUCAGGACUUAAACAGGGCGCACACAAGGGGGAAGCGGUCAUCGGUUUAAUGGCUGCCGUCAGACUCUGGCACGUUUCAUUAUCUGCUCAUCACAGGGGUUUUUUGCCCUACUUCGGCUCUGAAAACCUAUCUUGGCAGUCGGGCCAUCGUAUGCACUCAGACUUAUGCCGGAAUUCACUGAUGCGAUUGGAUUCUAUGAAUAUGCGAUUUUACUCUUUAGCCGCUUGAUAAAGUACAUUUGGUUGCAAAACUCGUUAACUAUCUGAAAAUCCCUUAACAAUCUGGAAUAAUUCAAAAACCGAUCCCGAUACAUCAAGAAAAGGGUACAAUUAGAAAUAACUACCCGUCAGCGAGGAGAAAACAGGACGGUAGGGAAAGUAAUGUUUAGUUUACUGGAAAUAAAGGUUUCAGGGACAUGAGAAAUCUUUACUGCACAGUUUUCUGUCUACACUAUUUUUAACAGCGGAAGAUGCCAAAAAUGAAUUACAGACUGAAAAGAAUCCGUUUUCCCAACACAUAUACUUCUGUUGCUGAUUAUCAUUUUUUCCGCGCACCACAUGAAAAAAGCUCCGUUUUCUUUGGGGUAAUUUUUCCCUAUCCCUGCAUUAAUACACGCCCUGCUGUAUUAUCCGGCGAAUUGGACGUUAUGUUCCUUGAGCAGAUUAUUAUAGUUCUCAAACGGCUUCUGUGACGUCCAUUUGUUUUUAUAAAUUGCGUGUAAGCGGGAAAUAAAACGUCCAUAAGCAAUCUUCAAACACGGCUUGGGACCAUUUGUGCAGAUGCCUUUCACGCUGCGCACUUAGAAUAUUCGUUUAUGAUUGAGAAUCACAGCGUAGCAAAACAAAGGCCAUUCUGUUGUAAUUGCUAAGUUAUUUUCGGGCUAAAAUCGAAUAGAUUUACAGUUAAGGGUUUUUUUAAGCGGUAAAUUCUUCCGCAUGGCAUUAACCUCUUACCUCGCCUGAUUUACGCUGACAGAAUAGGUAUUUUUAAGCAGAUGAUGAUCGCUUGCGUACACUUCGCGCUUUUAGAUUUAUGCUAACUCAUAUACAGACGCAGGUACGGUAUAUGAUGGGUAUUAGCCUAGGAAAUCGCCUGGGUACGAGUAAACGUUUUCGCCUAAAAUGCCCUGCUUUUCGUCAGUUAAGUAACUCAAGACCACAUUCUGCAUGCAAAGAAAAUGUACUCAUCGCACUAUACUAUUAUGUAAAGGUUUCUACCCCUGAUUUGACCCACACCGACCAUCAAAAUUACGGCCAUCAUAUUUCUGUUUAGCCACCUACCUACUCCGUGAGGAUACUUUUUGGUUAAGACUACUCCAGUAUAGGUGGUUGCUCGGGUUGCUUCUACGCUUUAGUGGACGAAGUAGCCGCCUGUAUGAUGCUUUGAGAGAUUAUUUUAGCGCGUUAUUCUAAAGGCGAUUUACUUUUGAGGCCAUUUUUUAUGUAUUUUGAAAGUGCACUUUAACUACUUGUGGAGCCUACUAUUUAUUAUUUCGGUUUUAGCGGAUAAUCACAAUCGGUGUUUCUAACCGAAAUCCGGACGCUAUCAGUCAUGGGGUAAAAGGUAAGUGGCAGUCAGUGGCGAAGGCUGGUUUCCUGUUUCUGCUUUUUCUCCUACUGCUGGGAUGCCAGUUCUUCUGUCGUUAUUCCACGCGACGUUACUGCCCUCUCGGGCUUCCUGCUUUGUUUUUGUGGCUUCUAGUUAGGCAUAAGUAGUAGUUUUGAAUUCUAAGCCAUUAAUGUCUCGCGGAUCUCCCCUCUGUGGCUUGAUUGAGUCUACGUUCGCCUACCUUUUUCAAACCACAUAUAUCUCUCUCUCUCCAUUCAGAACGCUUUUAAUAGACUGAACCUCCCACUGGCGCGCGCCGGAACCUUUCACUUCUUCGUAAUUCAAGGGCAUUCUCCCGUGGCAGCUUCUAGCAUAACAAUUGUUCGAAUGCUCCUGUAGAUUUCCCAUUACGUCGGAUUCGUUGCCUUUCGACUUUCUUACCCCAGUCUACUCUGGCAUUUCUAUUUCCAUCAUUUCUCUCCCGUUAUAAUAUGAAGGGGCCUAUCGUCGCGUUUACUGUUGGAGUGCGUUGAAACACCACCGUUCACUGAUUAGACUUCAGGUUUCUUUUUAAUAAUGACAUCUAAACUACGAUGGGGAUUAUGCGGAUUUGUUGUUGCUCUGCACAGUUUCGAUUCCGAUUUUGCUGUGUUAUCAGCUAUUUCGAAGGGUUAACAGUGUUCGGUAUUUCUAGGCGGUCUUCUUUUGGAUCGGGCCUUGCCUCGUUCAACCGGAACAUCCUUUUUGUCCGCCCUUCACCGUCGACACCUUCUUCCAGCCUUUAGGUAAGACUACAGAGCAUAUCACCGACGCUCGAUUUCUAGCUUGUCCGUUGUAUGCGUGCCUUGCCUUAUCCCCCUCUACUUUUCGUCCAGAGACAAUGUAAAAAACGUCGGGUUCCCACAGGUAAUCUCUCCCGUCGUUCAGAUGUUCUCGGACUUUGUGGCCGCUCGUCUUGAUCCCACUUCAGCAAGUGCCGCCCUUCAAUCUCUGCACCACUGGCCACUCCCGACACCUGGGACGACCUUCCUCUCGGGAAUGGGGUUUGUCAUUUUUUAGUUGCACCCCACCACCAUUAUAUACUACCACUGGUCCGUUAAACUUACCGAUGACGAGCAACCAUGGAGGCCUUGUUUGAUACCGCCCAUGACGAACUCAGCACGGACGCAUCAGCAGAACUAGCCAAAAGUAUGAUGCUAGUUUUUGUACCCACUCGUACCAGUAUUCUACCCACGGCAGGCUGACACGUGUUUUUUCCACUCAAUCAUCGUCUACGAUUGGCUAAUUGUACUAAUGUGUCCUUGUUGUACUCUCUUGAUGCGCUGAUCAAGUGAACAGUGUCGUAGCGUGGCCGCAUGUCUUGUGCUGACUUGUUAGUGGGUAGAAUAGCAUUACCGACAGAAACAAGGGAGACUGUAAUGGCCAUUUCCAGCUUGUUAGCCGUCAUCAGCCGGCCAUAUCCACUCCGAGGUGUGUAAUCCCGAGAAUCGAACUCGCCACCUGUUGGUUCGAAGCCCUACGCCCUAACAAUUGAGCCAUGGACUCGUCCUAUCGGUUGCGAUUAGGUAUAUUAGCAAUGGUAGAGGGCUCGCACCGAUCGCGUUACGGAACCCACACAGCCAUUCGUCUCCGUUGUCUUUGUCGGUAAUGUUAUUCUGCCUAUAUUACGCGCCGUUGUGCGGCCGCUGGCGGGCCUCGAGAGAGAGCCCCAAGGUACAACUGGGCGAGUGAGUUCCGUAACGCGAUGCGUGCGCACCCCUCUUCCACAGUUAUUAAUGGAUAUCUCCACGACGACUACUACUACUACUAUUACUACCACAACCACUACUUCCUCAACAGCGCAUCCUCAAGUCUGCUGGGCAUCUAGUAGCUUGCAAUGUGAUAGAGUGUCAGCGAUUUGUUGGCCCCGUUUCUUACUCGCACGACACCCGGAAAUGCUGAUAAUAAACGGCUGCUGGUUGGAUUCGAAAGAGCACCCCUAAGGCAUAACGGAACGAGUGAGUUCCGAAUGAACGAUCGGUGAGCGCCCCUUUAUCAUUCUAUAUUCCCGAUCACAACUGAUAAGACAACGGGCCCAUGGCCCAGUGGUUAGAGGCGUUGGACUUCUAACUAACAGGCCGCGGGUUCGAGCCUCGGGUGUCCUGGACUUCGGGUUUAGGUAUGACUGACUGACGGCGUCUAAUAGGCCAGAAAUGGCCAUUCCAGUCCCCCUUGUCUUUGUCGGUAACACCAUUCUGACAAUUUGAUUUAUAGUUGGGGGCACGCCGGUGUUUAAAUGUUCGCAUAUAGCAUCACGACUCAUUAUGGCGUCUGGAGGAGCCGACGCGCGCCGCUGCGCUGGUGCGGCCCUCGGUAUUGAUCUCAAUUUCACCGCGAAAACCCACUGAGAGGAAAUUCUUGCGGUCUUCGUUCGACCAUCCGGCAUAUCUACGUCAGUUCGGGAUUCCGUAGCUGAAUUCAUGGUAGUAUAUCGAUACUCUGUGUCAAAACCAGUGACGCCUGAGUACGAUAAUGCUCUCGUCCACAAUCGUCAACCUCUAAUCGCGCCCAUAAUGACUCGCGUCAACGUCCUGAUGUCAUAAAAUUACGAUCACCUAUUACAGUACGGCCUUUCGGCCCAAAAUUUCUAUACCAUAUUGUCUUGAUCCUCGUAAGAACCCUGUGAUUGUCUGAGAAUACAAUUUACUCGAUGUUUUACAAUGAUACUCUCGGCCAACUGCCGAAAAUGAGGGACAAACCAGUUAAAUAGGGCUGAUAGGGCUGCAAGAACUGUCGGACCGAAUUAAGGCGAUAGCAUAAGCACUUUGAAUAUCUUCUGAGUUUCUGCAGCAAACCCAUAGCCCGCUUUUUCAUCCUUCGGCGGCCCGCAAUGCUGUGUGGCCCCCCAUCCCUGUGCAAAAAGUGGACUACAUCCACGUUGAAGUCUACACAUUUUUACGUCAACGCUAGCCUCCUAACUAUAUGUGGUAGUCAUGCAGACAUGAGAAAAUGAGAUCUUUUCCGAUAACUGGUGCUCUGUUGUCUUUGUGUCCGUUAUCAAAGAGAUAAAGACUAAGUGCCAGAACUACCGCGGCGCAAACCUCAUCGACGUUGCUGCAAGGAUCGCCACUGUUGUCAUUCUUGGGCGCUUUCAGAGUGUGCGUGACUCUAGGACCAGAUCUAACCAAGCCAAGUUCCGAGCUGCUGCGUGAAUGCGCCGACCUGCGGCGCAUUGAAUUCCGUCAGCAACUGACGGCCGUCUGCUAUGUUUGGUGACUUCACCGCAGCGCUUCAUUCCGUCAAUAUGGCUAAUGGAACUGUGCGGUAUGCUGGCAAAAAUAAUUAUUAUCAGGGUGUAAUAUCACCAUCCCCACUACGUGAAUUCGAUCCUGCCUCCGAUUAUUUUUAACAACGCCCUUGUCUGGAUUCUCGAAAGAACCCCACACGGUUUUGAUGGUAUUGAGUUUGCACCCUGGAGUUGGCUGACUGAUCUCGACAGUGCUCUGACUGUCAGCUAGAAUGAGCCUCGGGUGAUCGAGGUUACCAAAUCAGUCGUUUUUCCUAUCGGCGCUGUGGAAACCCAAGUAUUCUUGAACUGCUUCCCUGACCAGUAAAAGGCAUCCUUGGGCAUUAAGGUCUGCAUGCUUGAAGAAGUUGACAGUUUCCAGUAGUUUGCGGCCAAGUUACGCCCAAGCGGACAGUAAAUACGACAACGUACUCAAAUUGACGUUUCAUGUAGGGCUUUGCGAUACCUCUAAGCUAUCAAACUACACUGAUUUGUGUGUACCGCGCAUCUGUGCGGCCAGUAUUCCCGUGCACCUGUGAAUGCUGGGCCGUGCGCUUAGCAGACGAGGUUGUCGACCACCGUUUCCUUUGAACCAUCAUUCGGAUAAGAGACACGGACUUCGUCUCAACCUACGCUGUCCGCACUUUUUUUAACAAUGUUUAGAGAGUGUAUUUGCUUAUUCAAGGCACAUGACCAUGCCAUUCAAUAGCUGUUUUGGCAGAUUUAAAAAAAUUAAUUUGACCCAGUUAUGAAGAAGCCGAUGGCCUUAUGGGGAUCCGAAUCCACGGCAGCAUUUGCUGUACUCAAGCCUCGCUCUUGCUGUUUUGAGUUCGAAUCCCACCGAGGCUGGCAAGUUUUCCACUAGUGAGUUAAAUGAAUUACAUGUUAUCCGUCAUCCGUCCCAUGAGUUUUGUACUGUGACUUAGUCUGACACCGCUACUUAAGUUUUGAUGGCGAAGAGGGGUUCUGCUGAAAACCUGGCCAAACGCGGCUCAGCCAGACAUGUAUGUGACUCUUAUACCACAGAUAUUCGGUCCUUGUUCCUGGGCAGGAGAAUUGUUUGAGCCCAUCAGAUCCGUCACCGCUUACAGUUGCUCACGUAGAAAUGUUGGCGACGUUGCUGAGGCUGACUAGGCCAGUUAUUAUAAGAGUCUUAUGAGGCACAGGGAUGUGGGUUUUGGGAUCAGUGCUUUACAGUUUCACAGCGUAUUUAACGCCCACCGCCCGUCUUGCUAUUUGACCAGCCGUGGGCACCAGACCCCAGGCAGUCUCGACGGCCCUUCCACUUCACAUGCUGUAUUGAUCGCAUGUUUUAUUCCUUUUUAGAAAGUGGAUAGGCAUGGGCAGCCGGUCGAAAAUUCCACCUUUUUCCACCGACUUGGUGGUGCUUGUUGUCGGAGGAACCAUCACUUGGUCACUGGCUCGAGAGAUUGUUUUUGCUGCAGCAAAAGGAAGCUCGGAUCACAAGGCACCACUGGAGGUACGCGCGAUAUUUUCCUAGCUUAAGUAAGGUGGUCCACUUUCGCCUUUUGUACUCCUUUUUUCCGCUUCAUUGCUUGAUCUUUUCUGCAAUUUACUGACUGGGACACCCAUCCUUCUUUUUACCACAUAUCUGGGCUUGGCACGUUUUUAAGUCCUCUGCGCACGCAUGACUCACUGCCGAAAGUUUCGCUCGCCUACGGUUAACCAUGCCCUCCACUGUGGUUUUGGUUUUAGUUUACUAUCUGCUUUCAAAAAACAUGAAAAUUCAUCAUCGUACACUUCCAAAAACCUGCUGAAAGCCUUGCGUAACAGGUGCCAGUGUCUUUUUAACCGGCUUACGAAAUAGGUCUUCAUUUAUUUGACCUCAUUUUCAUUAUUCGUGAGCUUUUUCAUAGAUUCAGCUUUUUGUCGUCGUCACCGUUUAUGAUAUAGCCAAGUAUCUUUCUUUAAAACACGUUUCGUAGGUCGGUGGAACCGGAUGUUUUCGCCUCUUCUUUCCGUCUUUUCUGUUCCUUUCUCAAAACAAUUUCCACAUGUUCAGGGUAUUUUCAUUGCCACUCGAUUCGCUAACUUUUGAUUUUAUUCUUGUUUCACAGGUCUUAAUAAUCUGUGACUCCUUCUUGACCGGAAAAGAGGCGAUUACUGAGGUCCUGGAAGUGCUAUCCGUGCCGAAUGACUCCUGA